CAGAAGGGAAAGUCGUACUUUGUGCAGUUACAUACACUACCAGGUUAGAUGAGAACGCCUACUUUUAUUCGAAGGUCGCGGUCACUGCUCAAAGCAACGGCGCCGCGCAAGAAUAUCGACCAUCAUCCUGCUAUCCGCCUUCAAGACCGUGUAUCACGAAAAGACGGCACACCACCUACUGCCCGUGUAUACAAGCGUCUUGCUUCGUCUACCCUAACUGCUAGCACUUCAGAUACACCGGAACCACCUUCUGCUGAUUCUGUACCCCCAGAAGAACCAGAAAAACCAGCAAAACGGACCCGAACUGUUUCCUCUGCCACUGCCACUCCGUCUACUCAGCCCGAGGAUUCCAUCCCGCUCCCCGAUGACUUGAACAUCCUCUGGCUUCCGAACGACAGUCAAGCAGAGACUGAUUUCUUGAGCAAUAAUGCUUUACCACCUCCAGAGCUCUUUGAAGAAGCACUGACCAAUCUACAUAUUACCCUUCAUCCCCAGACCCAGCAUAGAGCUGCCUAUUCAUCUUCUUCCGGCCCUCCAUUAGAGCCCACCCUUGCCCUAUAUUGCCCAAUAGAGGGUGGGGACUAUAUAAUCGAUGCUACCGUAAAAGAGCUUGCUCACAGGACAGGCUCUGAAGUCCUCGUCAUCGAUGCCGUCCAGCUUGCUGCUGGUGAAUGCGGCCAUUUUGGCAAAGCUGCAAAUGCCCUCCAACUCCCCCGUAAUCCCCUUCAUUUCCAGCCCCCACCUGCCUCAACGCCACACAACUCUUCCCACUCUAUCUCAUGGGAAGAAGAAGAUGAGGUGGACAUAAUGUCUCCAAUCGCCAUUCCUUCCCAAAUGACCCUUCACCUCCUCGCACCCACCUCAACACGUGGACGCACCUCCGUCCUUACUGCCUCUCGUAGCAAUCCCACUCCAAACCGUAUUAAAGCUUUCUUCGAUCACCUUGUCAAUAUGCCUUCUCCGAGCGAUGCUAACACUUUUGGUACCACCCGUCGCCCACGUAUCAUCUACGUCCGCGACUUUCCUGUCCUCGCGUCUGCCUCUGCAACCUGGUACCCACAUCUACUUUCUGCCGUCCGCCAGCGCCGCAUCGGCUCUAUGGCUCGCCCGUCUUCCCCAGUGAACAGCCCUAUCACAAUCAUCUUUGGCAUCACUCCGCCUAUCGCGCCCACACAUGCCUCUGCGUCGUCCACGGGCCCGAGCCAAUAUGGUAUCAUGGGCUUGACAUCACGUCGGAGGCCACAGGCUGCAGCCCCUACACCUCCCCGUUCAGGUAUUGCUGACUGGGGGGAAGACGACGCUGCCGAGCGUGCCCGCGAGAAACGCCUCAAGGAGCGGCUGCGCCGGUGGGAGAAAGAUGGGGACGCCGCUCUACUGGAGGAUCUCCCUGUGCUCUCCGCCCGGCCUGUAGAACCCGAGGGGACAAACGGUGCUCGGGGAGUCGUCGUCAUCGGAGGAUCAUCUAUCCCACCGAUGCUUGAGUCUAUGAUUGCACAGCGCGGCAUGACAAACGGGAGCGGCGCACCGGAUGGGGGCGAGGUGACGAUGCCUUUCUUCCGCUCAUCGGUGCUCGUACCUGGGGUGCGUCUACAGGUGGAGGAGCACCUUUGUCGCACGAGCCGCCGGCGAGAAAUCAAUGAACUGGCGAUGCGCAUGGGGGUUGGUGCAGUCGGAGGUGUUCUUGAGCCCGCGGAAGCGGUAGAGGAGAAAGGUGAAGGUGAACGCCAGGAAGGCAGCAAGGAGGAUAUGUGGGAAGACUGGAGCAACCACUUCGAGGCGUGGACGAGUGUGCGGCAGAUCGCAGAUCGGGUAGUGGGGAGCGUUGUGUCUUCUGGACUUCCCAAGGCAAAGACAUUGGGGCUCGAGCCAACCCCUGUGCCGUGGGCCGCUGUACACCAUGCGUGGGUAGCUCAGCGCUCAGCGCACAAUCUGCGCAAGUCGUUCAUGCGCGAUUCUGCGGUGAAGAUUGUGAAGCAGAAGGAUGCGGAAGAAGAGCACGAGGAUGCUGACGGCGAGGAGGCGGAGGCGGAGAAAGUGGACGAGGUUGUGGAGCGUCUCAGGCAGGACCCGUACUUGGAGCAGCAUGAACAGAAGCUUUUAUCUUGCAUCGUGGACCCUACUUCAUUAUCGACGACUUUCAACCAGGUGCACCUUCCAGAACAAACCGUCGAUGCUGUCCGCACGAUCGUCUCCCUGCCGUUACUCCACCCAGCGGCGUUCCAGCAAGGCAUUCUGAAGGAGCACGGUAUGACCGGAUGUCUCCUCUUCGGACCCCCAGGCACAGGCAAAACGCUUGUCGUCCGUGCCCUUGCAAAAGAAGCUGGCUGUCGGAUGCUGAUCAUAUCGCCCUCAGAUGUCAUGGACAUGUACGUCGGCGAAGGCGAAAAGCUCGUGAAAGCAGUUUUCUCGCUCGCACGCCGUCUGUCUCCCUGCGUCGUGUUCCUGGACGAGAUGGACGCGCUCUUUGGGGCGCGCAUGUCUGGGCGCGAGAGCGGUGGAGCAUUUGCGCAGCGUGGGGUCAUCACUGAGUUCAUGCAGGAAAUGGAUGGGCUGAAGUCGUCGAGAGAGGACAGGGUGAUUGUGAUUGGGGCAACGAACAGGCCGUUUGAUUUGGAUGAUGCGGUGUUGAGGAGAGUACCGAGGCGUCUGUUGGUUGAUUUACCUGGGGAGAAGGAGCGCGAAGAGAUACUUAAGAUUUUGCUUCGGGAUGAAACCUUGGCGGCUGAAAUCGAUCUCAGAGCGCUCGCAAAGAAGACGGAGAGUUUCUCUGGAUCAGACCUCAAACAUCUUUGUGUCUCUGCCGCCCUGGAUGCCGUCAAGGAGAAUGUUGAAGUUCCGUGGAAGCUUAAUGCCCCCGUAUUAUCACCAACUAGCGAGCUCAUCACCUCUCCCGAGGUGGCUUCGCUUGACACUGCUUCUACCUCGCAGACACCGACAACAGAGACUCAAGCAGACGCCCAAGAAUCGUUGCUUGAAGAACUGGUUACUGAACCACCACCCCAUGUUCGCGUCAUCCAUGUUCGCCACUUUACCAAGGCACUCAAGGAGAUCACGCCUUCCUCAUCCGAGUCUCUCGGUAGCUUAGCAGACCUCCGCAAGUGGAACGAGGAGUUCGGGGAGGGGCGAAAAGACAAGAAGCGACACCAGGUAUGGGGGAAGGGUAGGUUCGGCUUCAUCAACAAGACCGCGCCAACACAAGAAGACGGGCGAGUGACGAACAACCGUGCACCGCAUCCGAGCAACCCAUCAAUAGAGCAAUAGCACACUGCAAUACAAUACUGUCUAGUAGGCUAGG